UCUCUCUCUCUCUUUCUCUUUCAUCACCAUGGCUUCUCUCUUAUGUUCUUCUUCCCUCUCUCUCUCUCUCUCUCUCUUGCUUCCCUUUCUCUUGCCUCUCUUUUGCCCUCGCUUUGGCUCUCUCUUCCCUCUCUUCCUCGCUUUCCUCUCCCUCUCUCUCUCAUCCUGGCCCUCCCCCUGGCCCACUAUAUAAACCCUCUCUCGACCUUCUUCGCAGCCCUCCUCAUCAUCUUCCUCCCUUCUCUUGAUCAUCCUGUGAUCCUCCUCUUCACCUUCCCCACCUCCUCUCAACACCUCUCUUCACCUUGAUCUGCAGCCACUCUCUCGCCCUCGCAACGCCUCGCAUCCCCUGCCACCUCCACCCCCCACGGGCCUUCAACACCUCCACUCAACCAUCUACCCGAUCUCUCUUACUCCGAGAUUCACAAGCAUCCCUUUUCUCUCCAAUUCCUCUCCUAUCUCUCUUUCCACGCCUUCCCGCAUAUCUCGCUCUUCCCCUCGUUUCCUUGAAGCACUCACCCGUGAU